AUGUUACUAUGUCUCAUUAUCUUAACAUGCUGUUGCGCAAAAAUUUUCAACAGACUUCGUCGCCAAGAAAUGCAAGUCCAUAGCCAUUUUCAACAAGGACAGCAGAAUACUGGGCUGGAAGCCACGCUAAAUAUAACUCAAUACAAAAAGACGGUCUCCAGCGCACUGUGCGUACAAAUUGCAUUUUUGUUCUGUUACAUUCCACAUUUAGGUACACUUCUAUUGCUACGUACCCAAGUGAUUAUGGAAAAUGUAGGCCUACAUCUUCUCUAACUUCCGAAAUAGGGAUAUUAUUUGUGUACCUCAACUCAAGUCUAAAUCCAUUUCUUUAUUGCGGGAAGAAAAGGGCCGUGAGAAAAGAAAUUAAGAGCAUUAUA